AUGGGCGCCGUCCCUCCCUUUCUCCUCUACGCCCUCGCCCUCCCCGUCGGCGGCCUCCUCGACCAAGGCCACCACCGCCGUCUGAACAUCUGCGCCGCCGUGCUGAUCACGUCGUCCCUCUCCAGCCUCGCCUUCACCAACAGCCACCACCAUCACAGAGAAGCCGGCGGCGGAAAAUACUACGCCGUGCUCCUGUGCGCCCUCCCCCUCGGGCUCGGCCAGAGCAUCUUCUUCCUCUCCUCCUCGCACACGGCGCGCACCUGGCUGCCUCGGAGGCCGGGUCUGGCUAUCGGCGUCGUGAACGCGGGUGCUGCGCUGGGAGGGUCGGUGUUUCCAUUGGUCGUUACAUCCCUCACCAACGCGCAUUCUUUCCGGGUGGCGGUUCUGGCUUUGGCGGCCAUCGCUGGUGCGCAGUCGAUCUUCGUUGUCGGCUUCGCCGUGGCGCAUCCCCAGCAUUUCCGUCCGGUGAAACACGCUGCUUCAGCGACACCCUGCUGUGGCUCCUUCUUACUCUGCUGGCGGCGGCGGCAGCAGCAGCAGCAGCAGCGAUUGCUUCGUGCCAUGGACGACAAAGCCGUCAUGCUCUUCACCGCCGCGCUCUGCGUCGUCUUUGCCGGUAUUCUCAGCAUCCCCUUCUACCUCCCAACCUGGUCCUCCCUCCUCCUCCUGCGUCCCCCUCACCACCAUUUCCAGCCCUCGGCAACCCCAACCACCAACCACCGAAACAGCAACGGAGGAGGCGGAAUGAAAAUCUCCCUCCUCACCAUCCUCAACCUCUCCCAGCUCCCCGCCCGCACCCUCUCCUCCCUCCUGACCGACCACGUCCGCGCCCGCCACCUGCAUGCCUGCGUCCUGCUCGCUGCCGCGCUGGUGCUGCCGCCGUUUUGGCUGAGACUUGCUUCCGCUUCCGCUUCUGGCGGGGCUCAUCCCGUAGAGCAGGGAACUGCGGGUAGCACGGUGAGUGGAGAUGAUGGGGGUGGGCAAGGCGCAGUGACGCCUGCGGCGGCGUACGCCUUCACGGUCGUAUACGGGAUCCUGCAUGGGGGGAUCGUGGCGCUGACGCAGAAUGAUUUGCAGGAAGUGCUGGUGGCGCGGUCGGCGCGUUCUGCAGUGGGGCGGCCGCGGGAGCGGGGGCGGGAGCGUUGUGGUAGUGCUCUGGUGGUGGCGGGAGAGGUUAGGGAUUCGGAGGACUCGGAGGAGGGUGGAGAGUUGGUUGGUGAGUACGGCCAGCUGUCUGGGCUGGUGUACACGCUGGCGUCGCCGUUCAUGCUGGCGGGCCCGCUGGUCUGUGGGCGGCUGGUCGAUACGGUCGGUGUCAAAGGGGUGGGAAUCUGGGCGGCGGGGUGUUUCGGGCUGGGGGCUGUGGUUAUGGGUGUCAGUUUGUUUGUUGAUGGCAGUGUCGGGAAAAACAAGCGGUCGUUGGCGCGGGUCGUUGGGGAUCGCCUCUCACAACAACCACGAGUCUCCUGUGGGGACGUGUCGGGGUAG